UGCGGAAGCAUGGCCUCACCUGCCCUGCUUCCUGGAGCUUUGUCAAGCGGACAAGGGUGUGAGUGAGGAGGAGGAGGGUACCUGUGAUGCUGAGUGAUGAGGAGGGGGAGGGAGUGGGAGUGAGAACAGCGUGAUGGAUGGAGAGGAGGUGGCUGACAUGGCAGGGAAGAGGCGGAGUGGCCAGAAAGCAGUGGGUGGGGAGGAAGAGGGAGAAUACUGGGUGCACACUCACCUGGGAUUGGGCGAGGGUACUGAAGCAAAGGUAUGAGGUGGCAGAUGCGCCUGUCUGGGUGAGCCUGGCUGAAGCUCAGGCGUUUUGCAUGGCAGCGGGGAGUGAGUACAGGGUGAUGAGUGAGGCGGAAUGGAAUCAGAUCGUUUCUCAGCCCCCGCCGUUUUCACUGCCUGCUGACACCAUGGAAUUUGACGACGACGGUGAGGAGAAGGCGGAGGAGACGAAGGGAUUGAAGGCAGGCAUGAAGCAGGGCACCAAUGCAUCCGUGUUUAUUGGCACGGAUUUGGAUCUUGCAUCUGGCGAAGAGGGUGUGAUGACGGAAUCGUCUUGCGGAAUUGCAGCGGAGUGUGCAAGAGGGUGGCUGGGAGUGGACGAGCUCGCCAUUUGAGCCGUUUCCUGGGUUCGUGAAGAUGGAGGAGUACCCUGAGUACUCCACUGACUUCUUUGAUGGCUGCCACUUUGUUCUCAAAGGGUCUUCGCCAGUCACGCAUCCAUGUAUGGUUCGAGACUCGUUCCGCAACUACUACCAACGCCAAUAUCCAUUUGUCUUCGCCAAGUUUAGGUGCUGCAAGGAUCUGGCGAGGAAUGUUGUUUGAUGGAGUGGUUGGGUGGGAAAACAGGACGACUGGUAUGGAUGCCCAAAGCUUAUUUCACUGUCCUCUUCCCUCACCCUUUCAUCCAUCUUCCUGCCUCCACUCUUCUCCCUUUCCCCCCUCCCCUCUACACCUCUCUUCGCUCACACUCACAUAUAUUGGGCAAUCUCAGAUUUGUCGUGCUUACAGUUUUGUCUAGCAGUUUCAUGCUUACAUUUUUGUUUAUCAGCGUGAUGCUUACAAUUUUGUCUAGCUUGUCGAACAGCUUGAAACUAAACAC